GAGCCACCAAAUGCUAACUCAAAUGCAUGGGAGGUGCUCUGGCGCUGUUUCCCCCGUGUUCGACGAGAAGGAUUACGAGUCGAAACCAUUAACAAUCUAUCAAAUGGAAUAACGCUACGAAACUCUGUCCAUACCGAGUUUGGGAAAUUCUCUAUCGCUCUCAAGCCUACUGACCGUGAUGACACAUAUGAGGUUAAGGUCUUCAGGCGAUACCCAAAAUUGGACAGACAACUCCUUCCUGAGAGUGGCUAUAUUGAAUUGAAGAAAGCACAUGAUGCACAAGACCUGGACCUCCCUAACCGUGCCCUUUUAGACUGUCAUUACAGACUUGCGGAGAUCCUAAACGUAUCAGGGAUAGCAGAGGUGAUUGAGCACAAUUUUCGGGAAUGGGAGGACCUCAAAGGCAGUUCUUGCCACUUACUCAGAGAGGAUGGGGGUACGGAUAUCAGGAAGUUUUUACGCGCUGGCCUGUGGGAACGCGUGAUCGGAUUAAAAAGCAGUUCUCUAUUUUACUUUUCUAAUUAUUUAAUAAUAAAGAUUUAA